AUGGGUCUAUCACCAUAUCUCGCUUUACUUUCUUUUGGUGCUUGUUUUAAUGGAAAUUUUCAACAGGCCUAUCUCUUAUCAAUUUUGAAUCAACCAUAUCUUAUCGCUCAGCGAUUUAUAAAUGAAUCAUAUGUGGCUCGUACAGGUAAAGCAUUGGAUGAUUUAUAUAUAGAUUUUCUUUGGUCAAUAAUAAAUGUAGUGAAUCCGAUUUCUGGUAUUGUUGGGCAAAUCAUCGCUUAUAUAAUAUGUGAUCGCAUCGGUCGACGAUGGACAGCUAUCGUUUCAUGCCUUAUCUCUAUACCAGCCUUAUUACUAUCGAUGCUCACUAGAUUCCUUUUUCCUUAUUAUGAGGCAUUAAUUAUUGGACGCUUUCUGUGGGGAACAGCAAAUGGUAUAGCAAUAGUUGUCCAAACUGUUUGGAUUGUGGAAAGCGCGCCGACGAGCCAAAGAGGAAAAGUAAAUUCAUGGCAAGAAGCGGUCGCCACAAGUGGGAAUUUAUUAUCUCAAGCAGUCGGAGUUGUGAUGUCAACGUCUACACUUUGGUCCUUCACAUUCUCCGUUCCUUUAUUUGUUAAUAUAAUUUGCCUAAUGAUAUUCGUUAUGAUGUAUGAAUCGCCGCAGUAUUUACUUAUUUAUAAAAACAAGCCAAAAGUUGCUAUGCGAUCCAUUGCUGCUUAUCACGGGUUACAUGAUGAUAUAGAAAUAUUAAAACAACUUAGAAAAUGUGAAGAUGAUGGUAAAAAAAAGGAAAGUCCGAAAUUCGAAGACGAGAAAGAAUAUAGUGGCAUGGAAAUUAUGUUUAUGCCCUGGAAAGCUAAUGAUUCUUUUUCGAUUGUUAUUAGGCAAGGAGCAUGGAUUGGGAUUAUGGUUAAGAUUGCUUAUGUAUUCACUGGUGCACGAGUUAUACGGUCAUUCAAUACGUUCAUCUAUCAUGGACUUGGAAAAUGGAGCGAAAAUUUUGCUCAAUGGGGCUCUUUGGUCAAUACAAUUAUUCGCCUACCAUUAUCCAUAAUACCAAUAUUUAUAAUCGAAAAAGUUGGAAGACGACCACUAAUGGUAAUAUCGCAAUUGGCUAGUGUCUUGACGCUUUCGAUAAUCAUGAUAAGCGUUUUUAUCGGCGAACGUGCUAAGAUUGGCACUCUUCUCGGAGUAUCACUUUUACUCUUUGCAACAUCACUCGGUAUUGGUUCGAUUUCACGUUUUUAUUCUGCUGAACUCGUACCAAAGAAUAUGCUGCUAAGAACCGUUACCGUUCUCUCAUUAAUCGAAUCCUCAACAAAGAUCGCUUUGGAUUUCGGCUUUUAUCCAAUAGCUGCUACAAAUGGAGCAUACGCUUUCUUAUUAUUUCUUAUUCCUUCAUUUAUUUUCUUAUUUAUGAUGAUUCGCUAUUGUCCAGAAACCAAACAACGCUCAGUUAAUGUCAUACUUAAUGAAAUGGCAGUCAGACUUAAAGUUGAUGCAGUUUUUAAAGUAUGA